UAUCUAUAUUAAUAAAGUAGAUUUUUUUCUCUCCUUAAUGGGUUUUAUGACACUUGUCGCGUUCUGAUUUAUUGAGGUUUUUUACGAAAAUGGGUUUGGGCUCAUGAAAUGUAAUGGCCCAGUUAUAGAAUCAUUUACGUAUUACCCAACUUGCAGAAUUUGGUUAAGGCUUACAGACAUUCCCGGCCCAUUAAGUCGUCUUCUUCCCGUCCGACCCGACGGUCACCUUUCCGUAACGCCUGCCGGCCGCAUUGAUACUCUUCAUCGUUCACUUUACCUCAUCCCUUUCCCAGAGUAACCGAGAAAAGCUUAUACUAUAAAUAUCUCCACUUCUAUCGAUGAGCAGCACGGAUUCGACGAGAUCCAGAAGAAUAGUCUUUUCACUUACUGAUCACUGCGAUGGCGAAUUCCUUUACCCUCCUUGCAGAUUUGAAAGCUGGGCGAUGCUCCAACACUGCGGAGGUUCGUUUGCUGAGAUUUUGGGAGGCAAGAGAUGUCAGAAAGCGUCUCACUGCGGAGAGAUGAUUGGUGAGCUAAAUGCAAUCCGGAGUACAAUCACCGAUCGUAUACCGGGGGCACAGUGUGUAAUGCUUACACUGUGUCUAAAAAGUGGUGAUAACGUUUGUGUUAGUAUGUUUGACUCUAUAUGGCUCUUGCGUUUCAUAGCAAAUUUGAGAGCUACGGGAAAGAACCCAAAAUUGUGCUUGCUACAAGCGUAAAUCCUUAGAUAGUUGGGGAUAAGAGUUAGAUUUACAAAAUCAUUACAGCACCACCAUGGCAAAAAAGGUGAAGAACAUAGUGGAACUACAGAAAAGACCAAAAGAGAAUCUUUAUCUAAGCCAAAGAGACAUAAGGGAGCUGAAAUGUUUCCUUUUCUUCUUGGCAGUGAUUACAGUCCGGAUGUCUUUGUCGAUAAGCCGGAAUACCUCAGCUGUGGAGAGGGAUAUUUUGUUGUGAAUGACGUUAUUGCGCUGCUUCCACAGAUGAAAAACAAUAGCUUGGUAAGUGAGCCUACGAAGAAUUACGAGAGGAGAGGAGUGUGGCCCUCCCUCUAUUCCACGACAGUAAUUACGAGGUUAUGAAAAACAAUAGCUUGUGAAAGACAAUGCCCCAUGAUUUUUAAAAUCUCCUUCUUUCGUUUAUGGAUUUGUCUGAUCUUUCCUUUGAUUACUGUAAAAAGUGUUAUCGGCUAAAUCUGUUAUGGAGUUCUUCCUGAUUAGUGUUCUAAAUUUUUUUUUGUCAAUUUUGGAGUCUAUUUAUGAUUUUUUCAUCUAAGUGUAUCAGUGAAAUGCAUGCCAUACACUGUUUGUUUUGGACUGACGUUUUGUUAACUAAACCCAUAUGUUU